AUGGCAGGACUCUUUCGACUUCUCAAGAUGCAAUAUACUCCCCCGACAGAUCCCGGAGGGCUAUCUCUAGUCGGCAAAACAGUCCUUUUAACAGGCGCAACAUCUGGUCUAGGCUAUGAAGCUGCAAUCAAAUAUCUGAAUCUGGGCGUUGGAUCAUUGGUGAUUGGAAGUCGCAGUCUGGAGCGAGGAAUUCUCACCAAGAUCGAGCUGGAAAGGAUCACCAAUCGACCCGGUGUUAUUCGGGUCUGGGAACUUGAGAUGACAAGUUUCGAGAGUGUCAAAAGUUUCGCAAGCAAAGUCAAUAAGGAACUCCCAAAACUUGACAUCGCAUUACUAAAUGCUGGUCUUUGGAACCGGGAAUACUCUCAGUCACCCGAGGGCUGGGAAGAAACAAUACAAGUGAACACACUUUCCACCUUCCUUUUAGCCCUGCUACUUCUUCCCAAGCUCCGGGAGUCUUCUUCCAGCUCUGAUCCCAGUCAUUUGAGCGUGGUCUCAAGUCAGCAAUUUGUUCGUGCCAAGGCAGAGAGUCUCCGAACAGAGGGCUCCUUGUUGGAACAUUUGAACUCCCCAGACAGAUUUCAGGGACCGAAACAGUAUGGUGUCUCGAAAUUGUUACUGGAGUACGUCAUGAAGGUUAUUGCAAAUGGUGUUCGCCAGGACGAUGGAACCUUGCCUAUUAUUGUCAACACUAUCAGUCCAGGAUUAUGUCGGUCGUCUCUCGGUCGACAAUAUAAUCGAUUCUACGAGCGCUGGGUUGUAUGGUUGGCAUAUAUGCUCUUUGCCCGAACCACCGAGCAAGGUAGUCGGUCAUUGGUCAGUGGGACACUUCAGGGUGCCGAGUCACAGGGCAAAUGCUGGCGGAGUGAUGGAUAUCUCGAUGAAUCUACGGCCCUUACCACGGCACCCGAAGGAAAACAGUUUCAAACUCAGACCUGGACUGAGAUCAUCGAAUUAUUAGAGAAGCAGUCAAGCGAGAUACAGGAUAUUAUCUCAGGGAUUAGACUAGAAUGA